CGUCAAACCGCCUCCGCCCUGUAUCCCUCCACACCCUUUCGGCUCUUCCAGAACCUCCUCCGCCUCCAUACUCGGGAUUUAAAGGAUUUAAAGAGAGAACAUUUGCCUUGCGGUCUUAUUUAAACGCCUGCGUGGACCACACGCCGGAGCGAGAAGGUCCGGUCGCGGCCGAGCCCAGAGGUCCCGCUCCGAGAUGCUCCGACCGAGUCGGGGCCGUCCGCCCGUGACAUGGUGAGAGAGGGGUAAACCGCCAUGGCCUCCAUGGUCGCCAACGGAAACCGAGAGGGGGCGUCGUCGGCGCUCCUCCAGGGGGCGGAUCCGGAGACCUGCAUGAUUGUGUUCAAGAACCACUGGGCUCAGGUGGUGAAGAUCCUGGAGAAACACGACCCGUUACGCGGCGGUCCCCGGCCGGGGCCCGUCCCGGGCGACGAGGCCAGCGCGGUGCAGAACUACGUGGAGCACAUGCUCUUGCUGCUGAUGGAGGAAGAACGCGGCAAGGCGGGCGCAAUGGGCCCCAUCCUGGAGUUCGUGGUGCUGGAGAACGUGAUGGAGCGCCUGUUCGUGUGGAGCCUGCGCCGCGAGUUCACCGACGCCAUGAAGCUGGAGCAGCUGAAGAUGUACGAGAUGCUGCUGUGCCAGUCGCGCCAGCCGCUGCUGCACCACAAGCCGGUGCUGCGGCCGCUCGUCAUGCUCCUGUCGGCCUGCUCCGGCUCGGCGUCGGCGCCCGGCGUGGAGGCGCAGCUGGUGCUGCUCCUGCACCAGCUGUGCUGCGUCCUGGCCAAGGACCCGUCCGUGCUGGAGCUCUUCUUCCACACCAGCGAGGACCAAGGAGCCGCCAACUUCCUCAUCUUCUCGUUGCUCAUCCCCUUCAUCCACCGCGAGGGCGCCGUGGGGCAGCAGGCCAGGGACGCGCUGCUGCUCAUCAUGUCCCUAUCGGCCGAAAACCCGCGGGUGGCGCGACACGUGGCCGAGAACACCUUCUUCUGUCCGGUUCUGGCCACCGGCCUGAGCGGUCUAUAUUCCUCCCUGCCCACCAAGUUGGACCCCCCCAACGAAGAGUGGCACUGCCUGCACCGAGACGACUGGCUCCGGGUGCCUUCUUUGGUGCAGUUCCUCAACUCUCUGGAAUUCUGCAACGCUGUCAUUCAGGUGGCCCACCCCGAUAUCCGAGACCAGCUGUUGGGGUACAUCUACAACGGCUUCCUCGUGCCUGUACUCGCGCCCGCUCUCCAUAAGCUUACACUGGAGGAGGUGAUGACCACCACGGCGUACCUGGACCUGUUCCUGAGAAGCAUCAGCGAGCCGGCCCUAUUGCAGACCUUCCUGUCCUUCAUCUUGCUUCACCGCCAUGAGAACGUCCAUAUUUUAGACACAUUGGUCAGCAGGAUCAACACGCCUUUCCAGCUGGGCGUGGUGUCACUGGCACUUUUCCGAACUCUCAUCGGUUUGCACUGCGAAGACGUCAUGCUGCAGCUCAUCCUCAGGUACCUGAUUCCUUGCAAUCACAUGAUGCUGAGUCAGCGCCGGGUGGUCAGGGAGCGCGACUUCUAUUCGGCUUCCGCGGCCAAAAUCCUGGCCUUGACGCCGUCGUGCUGCUCGCCCGACCGUAGCCCGCCGCCGCUGCGACAGCUCGAGUCUAUACUUUUCUCCAAAGCCGAGAAAGCCGACGCGUCCGUCAAAGGAGACCCGGCGGCGAACUCCUCGUGCACCAUCGGGUCCGAGAUCUACUUGGACGUCAGCUACCUCCAUUACCUGGACGACGCCCACGCGCGAAUCGGCGUCUCCAUGCGGGCGUGCCGGGUGUGGUCGGCCGCGUACGACGGCGAGGACCCUCCGCCGGAGAAAUACCAAGCGGGCGUACUAGAAGAGCCUACGCCCUUGAAGAGAGUCCAGCGGGGGACGACGGCGCGGCAUCCCAGUGCGGCGCCCAACCAGCUGGAACUAGAGUGGGACGACAGUUACGACGCGUGCCCGCCACGUACCGCCGAGCCUGAAAUCCUGCCGCCGCCGUCCUCCGAGCCCCCCAGACACAUCGAGGAGAUGAGAAAAUCGGCCAUUUUGUUGGUGAAAGGCUCCUACGUCGAGGAGAACGAAUUCCAGGACGAUGUCAUGGUCUACGAUUUGGUGGCCAAGAAAGACAGCGUAACCGGCGAAAACCCCGACCCGCCGAAGAACGGACCCGCGAAAAGCGCCCCGGAGCCCGACGAGAACUUGCUGGCGCAGUACGAGGAGCUGAUCCAAACGAUGGACGGCGAAGCGGAAAAAUGUAACGCGGAAGCCAAGGACGACAACGUGGCGGAAGACGACAUCAUGGACUUUUCCGUGGAGACGCCAGAGCCGGAAAAGCUUCCGUCGCCGUUCGGAGCGACUUUCCGGAGCGCCGCUAGGAGUCAGUCGGCGCCUUUCACAGGCCCGUUUGUCAGCGUCCUGUUGUCCCGCCUGGAGAACAUGCUGUCCAACCCGCUGCAUGUGAACUUGCUCCUAACGGGCAUCCUGGCGCAACUGGCUGCUUACCCGCAGCCGCUGCUGCGCUCGUUCCUUCUCAACACCAACUUGGUGUUCCAGCCCACCGUUCGCUCGCUCUACCAGGUUCUGGCUACAGUGAAAAACCAAAUCGAGCAGCUAGCCACUAGCAGCAAAGACUUUCCUGAGCUGAUUGUCGCCGCGCAACACUGGUUGCUAACCAGAGACACGCUAUACGGCGAAGCAGACAAAAGCAAUCGAAUACGAAGCGGCGGAAUCCUGCAGAGCUCCCCGCCGCCCCGUCCUAAAUCCAUCUCGGCCGAGCGCACCGACGUCUUCGGCACCGUCCUCUUCGGCGAAUUCCUCAAAGAACUCGCCGCCUUGGCUCAAGAGCACUCCAUUUUAUCGUACAUUCCCAUGGAAGAGUGAAGCGACUCCUGAAAAGUUUUAUUUUUAUAGGCCACCAACCAAAGGUACGUUAGCGAUACAUUGGUAUUUAUUUUUGUAGCAUUUAGCGGCCCUUUAAUAAUUCAAUUGUCUCAGGGUGGGCGGCCAUUUUCAACUCUGGUGUUAGCGACGUUAGCAUCAGCCAGCACAAUACAGCUUUCCCGGCCUCUUUGUCUGAAUAUAUGUAGUACUUACUUUUUACUGGAAUGAAUCUAUUUAUCAAAACAAAUCUAAAUGAACUAACUUGUUGCCAUUGACGGCGCUAGAUGUCGAAUCCAUUCAGACUUUGUCAAUGGCAACAAAUUAGUUAAAAAAAGGUGAUUAGGGUUAUUAAUUGUUCCUUUCUAUAUUUUAGCAGGGAGGAAAGGUUUUAUUUAUGGUGAUUAUGCAGUUUUUAGGCAAUUUACGUCAAUAUCGUGACCUCUGUACUUCAUGUUUUGGAUGUUUUUGUUGCAAUUUCAGCAAGGAUUUUUUCCAGAUAAUUUUGAAUAUUCAUAUAUGUUAUUAUAAUUGUAUACAGGUAGUCCCGGGGUUACGACGUACUCGACUUACGCGAUUUCGACUUCACGAUGCUGGAGUCUCGUCCGCCAUUUUUGGUCGCACAAACAAUACCUGAUGUUCCUCACAGUACUUCAUUUUUAACUUUACUUUAUUAACACGACUUGUUCUGUCCUCAGUGAACGUGAAGUUGUUCAGCUUUACAGUGAGACAAUAUGCUUUUUUGAAAUGUUUGACUUCCUUCACGUUUGACAAUUUGUAAAGCUGUAAUACACAUAAGUACACUUAUGUUCAAAACAACACGCAUUUUAACAAACACUCAACACAAAACGAUUGGUGUACAAACGUAUAAGGUGAGAUUUGUCUAAAAAUUGUUCACACAAAUACAUGUACAUCCACGAUUCACACGCUUUGUAGAUCCACAAAUAUAAGAUUUUCACAUCUAUUUUCGUAGCAGGGCUGAGAACCAAAA